CCCUGUCCGCAGGACGUCCAUGCUUUCCUGAGAGAGUUAACCACCUUAUUGGCUCAGAAUGAAGUCAGACAGGUGGCGUUCUCAGCCUCUCUGUUGGCUGAAGGUUCGGUGACUCUUGGACCCUGUAACACGUUCACUACUCUGAUCUUCAAACGUGUCGUCGCAAACAUUGGAAAUGCCUACAACCCAAACACAGGUAUUUUCACUGCACCUGUGAGAGGAGCUUACCACUUCGAGUUCUACGUAGCUGUGAUUGGAGGUCAAACAGCUGCUGUGUUGGUCAAGAACAAAGAGCGCAUUUUUGCAGUGGCUGAGUAUCAGUCGCCUGGUUUUGGGAGUUCUGCUCAAGGCGCUACACUGGCUCUAGAGGCUGGAGAUGUUGUGUUUGUUCAACUGUGGGUUGACAACAAGAUAUUUGACAAUCAAAGUCACCACACCACCUUCAGUGGUCAUCUGCUGUUCACUAUGUGAGAAGGAAACACUCCCUCUUUGAUAUGAAAGAUAUGAAAAUUAAAAUGUUGAAAAUUAGAAAUUCUUCAUCUGAUCAUGACAGACAAUCAUGGUGUAUGGGUAUCUUUUUCUUUUUUGAUUCAUUUCCCUGUCAUUUGAAUUGAACAAUAAACAUGUCAUUGCA